CCGAAAAGGCUGACACACCAUCCCGGCCCAUUUACAAUCUUCAGUCCAGUCCAAUUCGGAAGAAAUAUUCAAACUUCACAAGCCCAAAACCCCACUUCCCUCCCGCGAUUCUGCUCUCAAACCCUGCCCUUAGCUCUUCCACCAUUCCCAAUCUCCGCCCUGAUAACGGAAUCCGAAUUCGAGGGUUCUUCCUCCCCAAGAAAAGGAAAGGAAAAGAAAGAAAGAUGGGUUUUUCCCUUUUCCUUUUCUCCUGCAUUUCUCAUAUAGGGCUUUGGAUGUUUUUUCUUCCAGAGAUGGCUUUCAGAGGGCGGGGACGCGGGCGGGGACGUGGAAUGGGAUUCGGUAGAGGGCAGAGCAUCCCUCGUGCCAAGGAAGAACCUUUUAUCCUUUUUCCUGAAGAUGUAUCAUUGCCUGGAACUUGGAAGCCACCAAAGGAAGAGAUUGCCUUGAUUACUCGAAAAAUCAGUUUGCAAAGGUAUUGGGAAAGCUCUCCUUAUUAUAUACGAGCAGAAGCCCCAAAAUUGAAUGUCCAAGCUGCUGACAUAGAACGGUAUUCUGAUAAGCCAAAGAUCCAAGAAAAGCGCAUGGGAACUCUUUCAUCAUUUCUGAAUCUUACUGCUGCUCACUUCCCUCCAGAACUAAUCGCAGGUGCGAAACGGGUGAAACACAAUAGGAAGAAAUCACGUUGGGACCUUGAUCCAGACCUAAAGAAGUUGGAUAUGUAUGAAAAGCUUGAAGGAGAAAAUCAGGGGCAAGAUCCGAAGGCUGUGAAGCCAAAGGAAGAAGAAGAGGAAAAUGAAGAAGAAGUUGGAUCAGAAGAGGAAGAAGAAGACUCAGAUGAUGGUGAUUACAAUAAGAACAUUGAUUUUGAUGAUGAUGAGGAUGAUCUUAAUCCGGAUGAUGAUGGUGAUGAUGAGCCAUUGUAUGAUGAUUAGCUUCUAUUGGAUAGGUUCGAGAUGAAAGUGGAGGCCCCCAUUGGAUUGCACUGAUUGGAGUGAGUUUCAGUUAUUAAUGGCACUGGGACACAUCGGGCAUGAACAGUCUGCUGGGAGAGGUGUUGGAAGUGACUACUCAAAUUUCUUGUAGAAUUAAGUUAAGUGAGAAUGUGAAAAUUUACAGAAGACUGUAAUUUAUAUAUAUAUAUAUAUAUAUAUAGAGAGAGAGAGAGAGAGAGAGAGAGAGAGAGCAGGCACUGGGCGAAAAUUUAAGGGGGGAGGAGAAAGGAAAAUUUGGAUGUAGUUUCUUGUCAGUUUCUCAAAAGGAUAUGUAAUAUGCAGAAAAGUUGAGGCAGUGAAAAUAAAAGUGGUAAAAUUUCUCUGUUUC